CGUGAUUGGGCACCAGUGCCUCGCGCUUUGUUGAUGAUUCAAAAUGGCGGCCAGCUAAUGGAGGGUUCUCUGUGGUAAAGAAACUUCGAAGAAUCCCUCGAUAAUCGAUUGAAUAAGGUCAUCUGUGGCCCAUUUCUCCCAUCAUGGAUCAUUACAAAGGAGUAUUUUCAAUUCUGGAUGAGCUUGGGAUGCCAGACCUUAAGCCUGUUUUUGUUGAUAACUUUAUUCAGGAUAGAACAUUACAGUAUAUGGGGACAGAAGAAGAAUUUAAAAACUUACUAAGGGAACUAGACAUUCCUCUUGGCAAGUGUAUUCCAAUUAUGAAAUUAUGGUUCAAAUUAUCCACAAGAAAGGACGCCCCAGACGUAACACAAGGAGCAGACUUAUUGAACAUGAAACAUCAAGGCAUCAGCCCAGACAUGAGUCACGCUGAGGUGCAAGCUGUGGUGGAGUGCAAUGAUGCAGAAACCCAGACACUACCCAACGAGCCAAUGAAUCCACAAAACACACCCUCAAGUCCUCACAAUACAAUGUCCAGUGGGUAUGGCCACCUGGAAUCAUUUAAUCCCUACCAUUUAUUAGGGCCGUAUGGUAUAGGACUUGGACAGCCUAUGACUGCUCCUUUAACCACUGCUGAUAUGAAUAGGAGGUACCCUCAUUACCAACCACAAGUAUUUACCACCCCACCCAUGUGGGCACCGUCGAGUCUUAACCCAACCCCUGGAGGGGAGGAGUUUGGAACUAGUGGAUGGCUGGCUACUGUACCCCAGAUGCAACAAGGUGGCCCUAUAAUAACAUCACUUAGCCGAGAGACCAGUCCUUGCCCGUCCCCACCUCUGCCGUCAGAACCAGUAGAUUAUAUCGCAGAUGGCAGUGUAGCUGUUAAGGAGGGUCUCCAAGCCAUCGGUAGAAGCAAGCCCUCAGAUAUACUAGACGAGAGGGAGGAUCUUGCAAUAGAGCAUUUCCUUGCUAGAGAGGAGGAGAAACAGCAGUCAUAUGCAUCAGCACUUAAAGAGACCCAACUGGCAGCAGCUAAGGCAAAUGAGAGUGUUGGCAAGGACAACCAGCCAUCAUACCAACAUCAUAACAGUCAUGCCGCAGCUCCGUCUUCCCCGUGCCCUAAGAGUAGCCCAGUUCCCCCAGCCAGCCCCUUGGGUACGAAUUAUGCCAAGCCCCAGUCAUUCAAUAACACGUCUGUCUCCAACCACGUAAACAACACAAAGCCCCCGGGCGUCGGCAAUCCACCAUCUGUCUUACCCAACCACGUGAAAGCCCAGGCAGUACGACCUAAAGAACCCAGCAGUACAUACGGCAAGCUGGACGAGAUAUCAAUAGAGAGUGGUACCACCAACAAAAUAGGUAGCACAUUAAAGAGCAAAGGUUCCGCCAACCUUAUAAUGUACUUAGAGCAGGUCCCAGUCAGCCUGGAGUACCAGAAGAGAGAUAAUAAGAAGGGAUGGCAGUUAAUAGAUGGCAAGCACCUGCUUACCGCUCGUAAGACUCAGUUUAAGCCGAUGUACUGUGACGAAAAAGGUCGCAUGAGACACGGCGUGUCGGUGCGCGGUGCGGAUAAAUCAGAAGAGUGUUCUAAGCAUACUGUAGGAAAAGCCCCCGCUUAUUGCACGUUUGCUCACUCACGAAUAGGCGACACGCUGCAGUUUAUAUGCGUGAAGUGCACCGUGGAGAAACCUAGAUAUGCCUACUGUACUGAGAAGAAGAAGCAUGCUGAUUUUGUAUUCAAUUUGGGCCCAUAUAAAAAUAUAGAUGGUCAGACAUGGAAACUUAUAGUUCCCGAAAAUCGCUGACCUUCAAGAAUGCCAUAUGGAUAUCACAUAUCCAACCCCUCCUACCCGUUGGGGAUAAUCUAAUACGUGGGCAUUAUAUGGAUGCUUUAUAUAUGACACGCAUGUCUUCAAUUCCACUACAUUAUAAUAAUACAUGAUAAUUAUAUGAAUUUUAGGGGGUACUUCUCUAGCGAGGAAGUAGCUUUUGUUUUGUUUUAUUUGAGGAUAGUAAUUGGAUAGAGAGAAACAGGACAUUCUUUGAUGACAUAUUACAGCAUAGACAACACACUGGGGUUGAGAUCAUUAUUUCUUUCUAGGCAUGGUUUUAUUGGUCUAUUAUAAAGUGUUUCGCUAGGUAUAAGUUAGUUUUAUCUGUGUUCUGGUGUAUUGGAAGAACCAGGAAUCAAAUUCCACUUUUUGUUCUUAAUUUAAUUGACGAUUGUCUGUUGUGUUAAACAGGAGAGUUUUAUGUUAUGUCACCUUGACACUGUAACUCGCACACUACCUACGACGAUAUUAAAAUAAUUGAAAUCA